AUGCAGUACCGCACCACACUCGUGUGUGUGGAUCGUGUGCAUGGCAUAUGGGAGCUGUUGGAGAUGUGCCAAAGCAUUGCUGCGCUCGAUGUGCUAGAUGAGGAGUUUCCUGACGGUGUUGAGCGCACGGUGCUUACUAUUGCCUCAAGAGAAGUGUUGUCUCCCGCGCAGCUGGGCAUUGUUGUGCAUGAAGGCAGUGCAGAUGCUGUGGCACCCGCUGACAAGCCUGUUGAGCCUGAUGCCCAGGCCGAUGAUGAUGCAAUGCCCGGCACCCCUGAACUUGAUGCUUUGUUUGCUAGUGAUGAUGAGAAGGAGAAGCAGCAUCAUGAUGGUAAGGAUGUGCCUAUGGUUGAGCAAGCAGCUGUCGAAGCCAGUGCCAGGGAUGAUGAUGCUGUGGGUGAUGAGGUUGAAGUGAACGGUGUGCGGAUCAACGCUGAGUCUGCACUAAGUGUCAUGCGCAAGGCUUGUGAAUACCUCAACAUAGGUGUGCGUAUGAAGCAGGACAAGGCUCAAGCCGAGGAGCGUGAGCCCAACCAGGUUCCGCUCGUGCAGGAACCCACUAUGCAUGAGAGAUUGAAGCACAACCUAACGCACAUGCCGUACAAGGCAUGGUGCGAAUUCUGCACCAUGCACAAGGCGCGCAGCGACAAGGCUGUCGCGGCACCCGAGCCCAAACGCUCGGUGUCCUUGCUGUCCUUCGACUUCGGAUUUACUGGCAGAGAACUUGAUCCCGAGAACAAGCUUAUCACUUUGUGCAUCAAGGACCGGGACACGGGGUGGCGCGAGUCAAUACCCACCAAGCGCAAAGGAGGGCUGGAAAGCACCAGGUUUCUCACAGGUGAGGUUGUUCGCUUGUGUAACGUUCUGGGCUACAAUGACGUGACAAUAAGGAGUGAUCCGGAGCCCAGCUGCCUCAGCCUCCAGCAAGAGAUUCAGAAGGCCCGCCCGACUAGGCUUGAGCAGGCAGGUGAGGAAGAGAAGGCCUCCAACGGCGCCGCCGAGGAAGCAGUGGCUUCCACACGUCAGCAAGCUUGUGUGCUGCUGAGCGCGUACGAGCAUCACACCGGAAAGCAAGUGAGCAGCCAGCCCGCUCCAUGCAUGGGCGAUGCGACAUGGAAGUUGGAUCCUCAAUAG